CGGUAGAUUUGGCAUCUCUGUCGGUGUGGGGCCAACACUGACAGUGACGGAAGAAAUAUUGCCAAAAGAACGAUAAACAAUCCAAGAAAUCAUUGCCCCAGUUAGUGCUAAACCAUUUAAACUGAUUCAAAUGAUAUGAAGCUGAAAAUAUAUCGACCAGUUUCACAUUCUUCAAUCUAGCGCCCAGCAUGACCAAGCAUUUGCUCACAAGCCAAGCAGACUUAUCUAAUCAGUCUUGAAACAUAGAUUUGAGGGAAAAUAUGCCCAGCUAGAACCUAUCCUAACAUGGUUUCGCUUUUUGAGAACUACGAACAACAGUACUCGGCCUUAACUGCCGACAUCACUGCCCAAAUUGGACACCUCAGUGCCUCUGCUUCAAAAGAUCGUCGUCAACUCAUUUCGAACAUCGAAAAACAUGUGGAAGAGGCACAGGAAUUGUUGGAGCAAAUGGACUUGGAGGUGCGUGAGGUGGAGCCAUCCAAGAAACAAAGAUGCAGAACCAAGCUUGAAUGUUACCGAGCCGAAUUAAAGCGCUUGACACUGGAGUACAUCAAGGCCAGGACCGUGAAGCAGGAGUCGUUGUAUGAUAGUGCCGAGGACAUUGAUGUCCGGAUUUCCUUUGACCAAAAGCAGAAGCUCCUGGACAAUUCCGAAACUCUAGAACGCGCUGGACGCAGGCUGAACGAUGGCUAUCGCGUUGUGGUGGAAACUGAGGAGAUUGGCAACCAAGUGCUGAAGAAUUUGGCUGAACAACGAGAGACUAUUCAGCGAUCGAGAAAUCGGCUGAGAGAUACUGACCAAGAACUCAGCACUUCGUCUAGAAUUCUAAACAGCAUGCUGAUGAGAGCAAUGCAGCAGAAAGUGAUUUUAUAUCUUGUCGCUGCCUGUUUCCUAAUGUUCAUCUGCUUUGGGCUCUACCUUAGUUUUAAGAGUUAAAGCACGUCUUUACUAUUUAUACAUUAGAUCAAUUUGUUGCCAUUAUACCAAAUAACUAUUUUAUGAUACAUAAGCAAUAUUCACGUUAACUGAUUUAUUUAUAUUGUGAGACUACGCGCGGGAUGCAAUUCUAUACAUUAUUAAUAAUUUAUUUUACUGUUUAUUAAGUGCUUAUAGUUUGUAUGUAUCUUUAAAAAGUCCUUGAAGCACUGAAGCCAUCACAUUCCGUUGUUUAUUUGCUAGUAUUUCUAUAUACCAGGUACUUUAAA